GGUAAACUUGUCUUUGAUGGCUGUUUUGAAAAAGGAGGUUUAUUAGUUCUGAAUUUGAAUCAAUAGCUGCGACAUACGAAUAUAUUCCAUCAUAGAGGCUUGUGUAGCAUUUCAGUCUCAUCAUGCCUAGUAACAGCGACACAACGGCACAACACGAUGCCAUCCGGGAAGUAAUGGGAGGCUUGGUAGUGUGCCCAAUAGAUCUAGAGACACCUGGUCUACGCAUUUUGGAUUCAGGCACAGGAGAUGGAUACUGGUUACAGGACUUGCUUGCGAGGACCCCAGGAUUAAAAGAAGCAACCCUUGUGGGAACUGAUGUGACCAACGUGAAGUUCCCAGAGGAUGGCACGGCGGGCCCUAUCACCUUCCAGCUCCAGUCCAUAACCGAACCCUGGCCUGAUGAAUGGCACGGGAGCUUUGAUUUGGUACAGCAACGUUUAGUACUUGGGGCUUGUGGAAAAUAUCCAUUUGCCACGGCAAUCAAAUCUCUCGCAGACCUCGUGAAGCCAGGUGGCUGGGUACAGCUGAUCGAGCCAGAUCAAACCUGCGGAGUUGAGGAUGGCCCAGCUAUGCGAGAUUUUAUCACGCUAGUCACUUGGGUAUUCGAGCAAAUGGGCGGCCACACCAGGUACGCCUACGAUGUAAAGCAUUGGCUCGAGGACGCAGGCAUAGUAGAUGUUGAGGAACGCAGCGUGCCGCUUUUUCUUGGUGCCAAGAUUCUGGACGAAGACUUAGCCAAGCGUACCGCGCGCUCGACAGCAGAUGCCAUGCUCCCUCUACUCAGUUUUUUGGAAAGGAAAGGGGGAGAUCCACCUCUAUCUGGUGACGAACUGAAAAUGCUAGUGCCACGGCUGAAUGAUGAGCUCCUGGCGCGAGGUGGAUUUUAUCCUCUUCGAGUUAUCACAGGCCGUGCACCUGAAAGAGAGUAG